GGCAUUCGGGAAGUUAGAGGGACAUACAUUAGAUUACUUACAUUAUGUCUACCACUGCCCCUUGUAUAAUGUACAUUUGCUAAAGCAUUAUGAUGACUCAGCGAUACAGUGGUAGGGAUUAAUUGAGCUGGGUUUAAGAGUGCAUAGAGACAGUGCAAAAAGAAAAGCGGAUGGCUUGACCGUGUUUCAAUUAGUGUAAAAUAAUGAUGACCGCAUGAGUCAUUGUGAGAGAAAUUUAUAGACGUGGCAGAAGAGAACUGCCGAACGUCUACAUGCUGCACUCUCUAGAUUCACCAUAAAGACAGACAGAUCAGAGCCACACUGCAGCAUGGAUUAUCAGCAACCCUUCUGCAAUCCGAGCGUGCCAUUCACAGGCCGUAUCCAGGGAGCUCUGCAUGAGGGGAAGACCAUCACUGUGACAGGGAGAGUCCUGCCAGAAGCCAGGAGGUUUCAUGUGAAUUUGCAAUGUGGCUCAAAAGAAAAACCCAACAUAGCCCUCCACUUCAACCCCCGAUAUGAUGAAUCCAACCGCCAUGUGGCCUGCAACACCAUGCUGUGCUCUAAGUGGGGCCCAGAGGAGCGUAAAUAUUAUAUACCCAUGGCCCAGGAGGAACGAUUUACCCUCAUGUUCCGAGUCAACCGAGAUUCAUAUUCGGUGAUUGUGAAUGGUGCCCACUACAUGGAGUACCUGCACCGGAUGUUAAUCACCGAAGUGGACACCAUCCUCGUGUAUGGGGAUGUGGAGAUCGAAUCCAUUGCCUUCUUCAACCCUGCAGUGACAUUGAGUAUCUGACAGGUCCUCCGUUUGGGAGAAUACUGUACAUCUUUGCAGUAUUCUAGAGAAGCUAUUAUGCAUAUUUUUUUUAUCAUAAAGUUAAUUUCCGAUCAUCUCGAAUAAGCUAGCUA